AAGGGGCGGGACCGAGAGGCGCGCCUUGUGCUUUUUGCUGUACCUGCUGUGGUUGAUUUCAGCAUGGAGGAAAUUUGUGCGAAGUUUGUGUCUCAGAAAAUCAGCAAAACCCGCUGGCGACCGUUGCCUCCCGGGAGUCUACAGACUGCGGAGACCUUUGCUACGGGUUCUUGGGAUAAUGAGGAAAAUUACGUUUCACUGUGGUCUAUUGGAGAUUUUGGAAACUUGGAUUCUGAUGGAGGGUUUGAAGGAGACCAUCAGUUAUUGUGUGAUAUCAAACACCAUGGUGAUGUCAUGGAUUUACAGUUUUUUGACCAGGAAAGAAUUGUUGCUGCUUCAUCAACAGGAUGUGUAACAGUUUUCCUUCAUCAUCCAAAUAACCAGACUCUGUCAGUCAACCAGCAGUGGACAGCAGCUCACUAUCACACAGGUCCUGGCAGUCCUUCCUAUAGCAGUGCACCAUGUACAGGUAUUGUGUGUGACAACCCAGAAAUUGUCACAGUUGGAGAAGAUGGUCGAAUAAAUCUCUUCAGAGUUGAUCACAAGGACGCUGUGAGAACUAUAGACAAUGCAGAUAGCAGUACUCUUCAUGCUGUAACCUUCCUUCGAACUCCUGAGAUUCUUACAGUCAAUUCAAUUGGACAGUUAAAAAUUUGGGAUUUCAGACAACAAGGAAAUGAGCCCUCUCAGAUAUUAUCACUGACUGGUGACCGAGUACCACUCCACUGUGUUGAUAGACAUCCCAACCAGCAGCAUAUUGUAGCCACUGGAGGCCAGGAUGGAAUGUUGAGUAUUUGGGAUGUGAGACAAGGCACUAUGCCUGUAUCGCUGCUGAAGGCUCACGAAGCUGAAAUGUGGGAAGUUCACUUUCACCCAUCCAACCCAGAUCAUCUGUUUACUUGUUCUGAAGAUGGGUCCCUCUGGCACUGGGAUGUCUCCACUGAUGUACCUGAAAAGUCCUCACUCUUCCACCAAGGAGGAAGAACCAGCACUUUCCUAUCUCUCAGCAUUAGUAACCAGGCGAAUGUUCACCACUCGCUCACGAGUUCCUGGCUCAGCACUGAUAUUGCCAAAGACCGCAUUGAAAUCACAAGCUUGCUUCCCAGCAGGACUCUAUCUGUGAACAGUUUGGAUGUUUUAGGUCCUUGUCUUGUUUGUGGAACUGAUGCAGAAGCAAUUUAUGUUACCAGACAACUAUUUUCCUGAAAGUACUGUAAUUAUAAGAUUUCAAGUAAAAUACAGUUAGCCUUUUGAAUUCCAACUUCUGUGCAAAAUUUUAUUAUCAGAAAAUGUGUAUUUGUGGGGAAACAUGAGUGAAGUAUUGCUAACGCUAUUGCCCAGUUUUGGCUUUUGUUUGAUGGAUUCUUUCACACCAGUUGCAGAAUGUGAUAGAUGACUGAUAGCAAAA